AUUAAAAUUCCAUUUUAAAAGGAAAUUCGUCUAAAUGAGGUGACGAAUUCGAAAGAUGUUUAAAGGUAAAAGACACUUCUAUCAUGUGAUCGUACAAAUUUCAUAAUUCUAGGAUUUCUUUCAUAACUGUAUCUUAUGUUUUUACGGAAAAGACAUUUUUGAACAACCGUUAUAUACACUUUUUUAGUGCAUUGAUUUAAUGAGUAUUCCCUUCAAAUGUGGACGGUUAAUUGUACAAUUUUACCUAGUGCCAUGGAUACAAAUGUUAUUUACAGCAUUAAUCUUACAGUAGAAUACUCAGGAGUCACAAGUAAUUGGUGAGGAUUCUAACCUUAACCGAAUGAAAACCCACUUUUUUUUUCUUGAAGAUUCCCACUUGAGCUGAUGACAUAAACUCCAUUUUUUGCUCACUUUUUUGACGGUAACGGAGGGAAUCUCACAAAAUUGUCCUGCUUCCUAGUUGAAGUGUUUCAUCAGAUUCCUCCCAUAAAUUCCCUCUCCUCUAAGUAUGGACACUAUAAAUACUCCCUCCUCGUACAUUUUCCUCCAUCAUCGGAGCUCCAUUUUCUCUCUGAAAAAAAAAACCACUCAUUUUCCUUCACUUUUCCCUUCUGUGAAAAAUGGCGCUACGUAGAUCAAUUUCCAAGCGUUUAUUCUCUUUCAACCAUUUCAAGUAUGACAACAAGUUACCACAUGUCGGAAUUCCCGAACACUCCUCCCCGGCGAUCAAAUCCUCCUUGCUGGACUCCACCGGCGUUGCCCUAAAAACAUUGCCGGAAUUCUCCAACACCGGCUUGUUCCGCCGCUUCAUUCAACAGAAGAGAGGGAUCAACCAAGCCGCUCCGACCAAGUUGCCGGAGUUCCUCUCGAUCCCCGUGGGCGACAAGCUGAGGGAGAAAUUAAAGUCCCUCAAUGUUUCCGGAGAACGGGUUCGGUUCGAUGGAGUCUUGCAUCAGGCCCCGCCGGUGCCGGAGCUGGGUGGAAUCACCAUUACCGAUGCCAAGAAAAUUCUAAGGUCAGCUCAGCUGGAAAAGAUACGGUUAGUACUUAAAAAUAUUCCGGCCAACUCCAUACCGUACAGUGAUUACUUAAACAUCUGCGGGGAAGCAUGUGAUCAGAAUCGUGAACAAGCAACGGAAUUUGCUAAGAAACUGGAUGAAGCCGGAAGCGUCAUCGUCGUCGGCAACGUUGUAUUCCUUCGUCCCGAUCAGGUGGCAACAUCAAUAGAGCAAAUGAUCUCACAAACAGUGGCUAUAACAAAUGAUCCAAGGAGAAAGGAAUUAGAUGAGAUGGAGAAGCAAAAGGCGAUAAUCGACCAAAAAGCCGAGGCACUUGUAAAGGGAGAGUUGUACUGUGGGCUGGGCUUUUUGGUGCUUCAAACACUGGGCUUCAUGAGGCUUACUUUCUGGGAGCUGAGCUGGGAUGUAAUGGAGCCCAUCUGCUUUUUCGUGACAUCUCUUCACUUCGCACUUGCUUAUGGUUUUUUUCUGAGGACAUCUACAGAGCCCAGUUUUGAAGGGUUCUUCAGGCGUCGUUUUAAGGCAAAGCAGAGGAAGUUAAUGAAGGUUCACAAUUUUAAUGUAGAGAAAUACGAGGAUUUGUGUCGGGUAUUUUAUCCUUCCUAUUACGAGAAUCAAGCAUGGCCGUUGAAACAAAUGAACAAAAACAACGAUCAUGGUAGAGGAGCAGCCUUGAGUUCAGUUUAGGAUUAACUGUAUAUAUCCCGUGACAAAGUUUGCAAAGUCACGUGUUAGCUCUAAUUAGGGAUUUGGAGUCCAGUAAAUUAAAAGUUCGACUUCUAUUUUGGGACGGUAAAUGAAUAAUAUAUCUUAAUCAUAGUUACUUUACUAACGAUGGUUAUAGAAUUUACUAACAAGAUACACCAAUUAAUUCUUUUUUCUCAAUAGUAAUAUUGUAUCUGCUGACAUGAUUCAUAAGAUAAGAAAGAUGAAACAAAUCGAUUGUAUGAAAAUAAUUACUCCA